AUGUGGAAAGCAACAAUCAACGACACGUUUCCGUUCUGGAUGAGUUCUCUUCAGAAACUGCAAGUUCUAGUCUUACGCUCCAACGCAUUCCAUGGACCCAUACGUCAAGCCUCGUUCGGUACGCUGAAAAUCAUUGACAUCUCACAUAAUCACUUCAUCGGAACUUUGCCAUCAGAUUACUUUCUCAACUGGAGUGCCAUGUCAUUACUUGGGGCAAACGAAGGUCGGCCAUAUGAAAGUUACAUGCGAGAUCGAUCAGGCUAUUACCGCGAUUCAAUUAUUUUGGUGAAUAAAGGCGUAGAGUUGGAACUAGUACGUAUCCUACGGACCUACACAGCAAUCGACUUCUCCGGAAACAGACUUGAAGGAGAGAUUCCAAGCUCCAUUGGUUUAUUGAAAGAGCUUCAUGUGCUGAGCUUGUCAAACAAUGCUUUCACUGACCACAUCCCAUCUUUCAUAUGCGAGUUGGGCUCUCUAAGCAUUCUCGAUUUAUCAAACAACGACUUAAAUGGUUCUAUCCCUCCUUGUCUGGGAAAUCUCAAAGGUACACUUUCAGUUCUAAACCUUCGCCAGAAUCGUCUUAGUGGAGGUCUUCCCGAGAAUGUAUUUCAAAGUCUACGGUCGCUUGAUGUCGGUCAUAACCAAUUGGUGGGAAAGCUUCCAAGAUCUUUGAUUCAUUUCUCUAAUCUUGAAGUUUUUAACGUGGAAAGCAACAAUAUCAACGACACCUUUCCGCUCUGGUUGAGUUCUCUACAAAAUCUGCAAGUUCUUGUCUUACGCUCCAACACAUUCUAUGGGACGAUCCAUCAAGCCUCGUUCCAUUCGCUGAAAAUCAUCGACAUUUCACAUAAUCAUUUCAAUGGAAUUUUACCAUCGGAUUAUUUUGUGAAAUGGAGUAAUAUGUCAUCACUUAAGGCAAACGAGGAUCUUCUGAAUGAAAGUUACAUGGGAAAUGGCUAUUACCAGGAUUCAGUUGUUUUGGUGAUUAAAGGUGUAGAGUUGAAGUAUGAACGUAUCCUUAAAAUCUUCGUAGCACUCGACUUCUCUGGAAACAGAUUCGAAGGAGAGAUUCCAAGGUCAAUCGGUCUAUUGAAAGAGCUUCAUGUGCUCAACUUGUCAAACAAUGCUUUCACUGGCCACAUCCCUUCAUCUAUGGGGAAUCUGACAGCUCUCGAGUCACUAGACGUUUCCAGAAACAAGCUUUCUGGAGAAAUUCCACAAGAGUUAGGGAAUCUGUCGUUCCUUUCGCACAUGAAUUUCUCCCAUAACCAGCUUGUAGGUCUAGUACCAGGUGGCACUCAGUUUCGAACGCAGCCUUGCUCUUCUUUUGAGUACAACUCAGGACUUUUUGGCUCUUCUCUUGACGACGAUUGUCCAUCAUCGCAACAAUAUGAGACGCCAGGGGCAAAGGAAGAAGAAGAAGAUGAAGAAGAAGAGGUGUUUAGUUGGAUUGCAGCUGCUAUAGGAUUUGGACCUGGAGCUGUGUUAGGAUUGACGAUUGGAUACGUAUUGGUUUUUUAUAAACCAAAGUGGUUCACGAUUCCUUUUCGCCGAAGCAAACACAGAAGCACAAGCACCACUACUCAUUAG